GUCUCCAACACGGCCAUGAAGCUCUCUCUACCUGACAGAACUAAAGAAUAUCUUCCUCUUAGCCAGAAGACCGAGGAUAGUGGGUCUAGGCCCGGCCUAUUAACGUUACGAAAUGUGGUUUUAUCGCUCGUCUACAUAGCGCUCCUCGUCGUUGCAUUCUUCGUUGGCCAGAAAACUGCACUGCCGCUCCAGCGCCCGCCCAUAGCCCCAGAUCUUCCGAUACCAGUUGGUACUGCCACCCGCAUGUUCAACUUCAAUCGCACAUUCUCCCAGGCGCCAUCGAACGCCACCGACGAAGCUUGGAAAUCAAUAUUCCCGAGGGACGGAGUCUUUUUCAAACUACCACCAACAAUACCUGAUCGUUCGACUAUAUCUGUGUUCCACCAAUUACAUUGCUUGGAUUCUAUUCGCCACUCAUAUUGGCGCUACCACGCCGCUGCCGUUGAAGGAAAGAAGCUUGAUGAGAAUGACACACCCUUUCUGGAAGCUGGAGAUCAUGUGCGCCAUUGCAUAGAUCUGAUAAGACAGGGUCUUAUGUGUACUAUGGAUCUCACCGUGGAAAAGGACAAGAAGGCAGGAGUUAGAGGGUUCGGCACUGAACAUCAAUGUAGAAAUUGGGACGACCUAAUUCAAGCGAUAGAUAAUAGUUAA